UUGUCCCCCUCCCCAAUUCAAUGAAUGAUCGGUGCGAUUCAAAGUACUGCGUUGUGGUGGUAUCUUUACCCAAUUUUGGAUGGGUUUAUAAUUCCAAAGGAUAAAACACUGGCUGCUGCUGAGUUGGUACAGUGUCGGAUGCAGAUUGAUGAUUGCAUGAAGAAUGUUCUCAGGGCCUUUUCUUUGAUGUGGGGCUGCACCCGAGUGUCGAUAGAUUGCUGAUUGAAUCGAAUUUCAUGGAGUUCAGUGCAUAGGCAGUUCGCAGGAUGGGAGGAAUCAAUCCAUAGGCACAGAGUCACAGCUUCGCCGGGUAGUUGUUGAGGUUCAUAACUGCGAGCGGGGCCUCCCACUCUCCGCACGCACAGCCAGCCUUCAGCAAAUUCGGCUCUGCGCCACUUUAUUCGCUAGCCACCGCCGAUGUCCGGGAGAGACGCACUUUUGGGCCAAUACUCUCCGUUCUUUUGUCUAUAAGAAUGCCUCUGUGAUGCUCCGCCCUCGACUUGUGGACCUGAUUCAAGCAGCAUCUCUCUUCAAAUCUCCAUCGAACUUGCAGAGGUGUCUAGUGUUUGUACGUUGGUUCCUGUCACUCAACCAAGUGAAUUAAUCCAGCUGUGAGUUGGCAGACCUGAGGACAGAGACAGGGAGUAGACAUACCAUUUUUUGGCUCGGCACUCGCUGGAAAGCUUCCAAAACGAUGGAAUCCGGCUCUGUUGCGAACGACUCUGGCCCCUUGAAUUCUACCCCAGACGUGCAUUUAUAUGGGAAAACCGCAGCAAUGAAGCAGCGGCGCUCGAACACCAUGCUUUUCGUCUUUCGACUUCUCACAUUUUCCUUUUCGCUAGCAGCCGUCCUUGUGAUGGGUACCAACAAGCAGAAAAUUCGAAGUGCACCGCAGUAUCUGGAGGUUGCGUGGCAUGACUUUGAUCCCUUUCGGUAUGUCUUCGCCGUGAACGCCAUCAUCUGUGUGUACUCUUUCGUGGAGACAUGGCUGGCCGUGUACACUCUCUCGCGGGGUACACUCCUCUUGCCCGAGACUUUCCAAGUUUGGUUCGACUACGGCCACGAUCAAGGCUUCGCGUGUCUUCUUUUCUCGGCAAACUCCGUUGGUAUCGCCAUGGCGCAGCUUCUCCAAUCAGGCUCCACCCUAAUUCAGGGACAAUACUACUGUUCGGAUGCAGGGGCUUAUUGUACUCAAGCACGGGUGUCGAUCGCUAUGGGUUUUGGUGCAUUCCUUUUCCUCGCUCUGUCGUCUUUCCUGACAGGGUUACGCGUUGCCAGAUGGUAUUUGCCCUGAAGAUCACUUACCCAACUCACGUCACAACUUGCGCAAGGAUUGCAAUUCCGACCAUUGGUAUGCUCCUUUUGAACAACCUCCACCGCUACUGCUACUCGUCUGCCUCGAGAUUCACACGUCACACCCGGCAUUCAUCAAGUCUCCGCUCCAAGAAAGCUGCAAGCACACAAGCUUCGGCCUCCGAAGCACAUUUGGGUGCGACUUCGCCCCCGCCUCAGGAAGGACGACGGCUUCUCGUGUUGGUACAGCAUAAUCCAUUACGGGUCUCACAGGAUUUAACUUGUUGUAGCACAAGUCUGCUUCUGAUAGAUGUCUAUUAUGCCCCGUGCAAGGGAGUGUUCAUUUUCGAUGGUGUAGCCACCAUCAGUGGCUGUGUCUAGUCGACACACUAAUUCGUUUUCACAAGAAAGAAAUCUCCAAUUCGUGCGUGUUCUUUGAUUUUCCUCCACCA